AAUCAGAAGCCAGUGUAUUGAUUGUAUCGUUGAAUGUGCGAUGAGCUGUGUGGAAUUGGUGUGAGAGAUACUUGAUUUUGACCUGUAGUUACCUGUCUUCAUAUCGAAAAGACGAAGACUUCAAACGAUAUGACUUGAGAUCAGAAAUUUGUGAAUUUCAUAGCAGUCAAUUAUGUCAAGACCAAGGAAGAAUACUGUACACUGGUUUCGAAAAGGCCUCCGCUUACACGACAAUCCGGCGUUGCGAGAAGGUAUUCAGGAUUCCACUUCAUAUCGGUGUAUUUAUAUACUUGACCCAUGGUUUGCUGGGGCUUCUCAAGUUGGAAUUAAUAAGUGGAGGUUCUUGUUGGAGUGCUUGGAAGAUCUUGACAAGAGUCUACGGCAGUUGGGAUCACGUCUUUUUGUGAUCCGGGGUCAACCCACAGAGGUCUUUCCUAAAGUUUUCAAAGAAUGGAACAUCACUCAUUUAUCAUUUGAAGAAGACCCAGAGCCAUUUGGAAAAGAUCGUGAUGCUUCCAUCUGUUCUCUUGCUACUGAGUGUGGGGUCAAGGUCAUUAUCCGAACUUCACACACACUCUACAAGCUUGAAGAUGUUAUCAAGAUGAACAACAGCACACACCCGCUCACGUACAAGCGGUUUCUGUCAGUUCUGGCCCAGAUGAAGCCUCCCCCCAUGCCCGAGGAAACGAUAAAGCCUGACCUGAUUGGUCAGUCUGUCACUCCAGUCACCCUGGACCAUGAUGAGAAAUAUGGUGUUCUCAAACUUGAGGAACUUGGGUUUGACAUCGAUGGCAUUCACCCCGUGAUAUUCCGAGGUGGUGAGUCCGAAGCCCUCACCAGAUUGUACCGUCACCUGGAAAGGAAAGCAUGGGUUGCAAGUUUUGAGAAGCCAAAGAUGAGUCCGCAGUCCUUAUUUCCCAGUCAGACAGGACUGAGUCCAUAUUUGAGAUUUGGCUGUCUCUCCCCAAGACUCUUCUACUGGAAACUCAGGGAAUUGUACAAGAAGGUGAAGAAAGGUAAUGAACCACCUUUGGCUCUACAUGGUCAGUUGCUAUGGAGAGAGUUCUUCUACACUGUGGCCACAAAUAACCCUAACUUUGACACGAUGAUUGGAAACCCUAUGUGCGUGCAGAUUCCAUGGGAUCGCAACCCGGAGGCAUUGGCCAAGUGGGCCGAGGGUCAGACUGGCUUCCCCUGGAUCGAUGCUAUUAUGGUGCAGCUUCGGCAGGAGGGAUGGAUACACCACCUGGCCCGCCACUCUGUCGCAUGUUUCCUUACUCGGGGGGACCUCUGGAUCUCCUGGGAGGAGGGAAUGAAGGUGUUUGACGAAUUGCUACUGGAUGCCGACUGGAGCGUCAAUGCCGGCACGUGGAUGUGGUUGUCCUGUAGCUCCUUUUUUCAACAGUUUUUCCAUUGUUAUUGUCCUGUGGGUUUCGGCAAGCGGGCAGACCCCUCAGGAAAUUUUGUCAGGCACUACCUACCUGUGUUAAAAGCAUUUCCAACAAAAUACAUCUAUGAGCCUUGGUUGGCUCCUGAGUCUGUGCAGAAAGCAGCAAGGUGCAUUGUGGGUAAAGAUUACCCAUUACCAAUUGUAAACCAUGCUGUUGUGAGCCGGAUCAACCUGGAAAGGAUACGACAAGUGUUCAAGAGGUUGACAGUCAAAGCUAAUUUGUCCAUUCCCAGAGACCUUGGGUCACCUAUUUUCAAGUACACUAAAGAAGCAUCUCAGACGGCGAUAAAGACCCACCCUAGUGCAGAGGAAGGCACUGCUCAUUGAUGGACCAGGCUUCAGCUGGGUGCUUCCUUGGAUCCUACACAAUAGUAGUAGAGAUUGGGGAACUAUGACCGGACCAUUCUCAUGACCCGGACCUGUGAUGGAACAUUCUCACAUUUCAAACCUGUGCCGGGACAUUCUCAACUCUUGAAUGUGGGAGGGGAUAUUUUCACUUCUCUAGCUGUGGUCGAACAUUCUGACAUCGAAAAACUUUGGAUAAUGUCCACACCUCUCAGCAUUGUUUCGUAACAUUCUUAGAUCCCUGAACAGUGGUGGAAUAUUCUCACAUCAAAGAACUGUGUCACAUCUGAUAAUCAUGGUGGAAUAUUCUCACAUAUCAGCAUUUUGUUGGAACAGUUAUACAUCCUGAAGAUGUGGUGGAACAUUCUCAUAUCAUAGACAUCUUAGAACUGUGCUGUGAUCUUUCACAUUCCUGAAUUGUUGUGGAAUAUUUUCACAUCCAAGAAAUGUGGUAGAACCUUCCCACAUCCCUGAACAGUGGUGGAAUAUUCUGACAUCAAAGAACUGUGUCACAUCUGAUUAUCAUGGUGGAAUAUUCUCACAUAUCAGAAUUUUGUUGGAACAGUUAUACAUCCUGAAGAUGUGGUGGAACAUUCUCAUAUCAUAGACAUCUUAGAACUGUGCUGUGAUCUUUCACAUUCCUGAAUUGUUGUGGAAUAUUUUCACAUCCAAGAACUGUGGAGGGACCUCACAUCCAGGAAAUGUGGUAGAACCUUCCCACAUCCCUGGACAGUGGUGGGACUGUAAAGGCACUUUACUCAACAAGUACAGACGUAUCUCUGUACUGUUGCAUAGUAUUUGGUUACGUAAGAGUCCAACCUAACCACAUUUCAGAACAGACUAGGACUGUUCAAAUCUGCCUGUUCCAGUUUGUCUGAUCAUAUAUUUGUAUGUUUUCCUGUCAGAUCCAUUGUCAGAAUGCUUUCACAUUUGAAAACAAUGACUGGCAACUUAUUUCACCUCAUACCAAAACUGCCAGAACAUUUGUGACAUUUUUUGAGGUGGGAGUCUCUUUACUGCCUGUGACAGGGUAGCAGGAGAGUUAACCUUAAUGCUUGUUGUUAUCACAUUUACUGUAAUGAAUCAUUGCCAUAGGAACAAGUUGUGUGA